AUGGAAAAUUACGACAUACUUUUGCUUCAAGAACACUGGCUAUUUCAUGCACAAUUACAUUAUCUACAAGAAAUUGGCAAAUGUACCAACUAUGCUGCAAAAGGAAGUGAUGAAUAUGACCCAAUACAACCAACAUUUCUACCAAGGGGACAUGGAGGGGUUGCUGUUAUAUGGAAAAACGAAAUAGAUAGUCAAGUCAGACCAUUGGACGAUGGUAAAGAGAGGAUCCAAUGUGUAGAAAUAUCAGGGAAAGAUCAAAAACUACUGUUGGUAUCAGUGUAUUUACCUUCAACAGGAGGGCGAAACAGUACAGAUGAGUUCUUGGACACCAUUGACCAACUAAAUGAGAUCAUCACUAAAUACCAAGACACACAUGAAAUUAUAAUUGGAGGAGACCUCAAUGAAGAUCUGGGAAAUGAUGAAAGGCAAAACAAAAGGAAAAAGUAUUUACAACAACUAAUCGAAGACUACAGGCUAGGCUAUGAGAAUACUGGGAAGACCUUUAUUAAGACAAAUGGCCAAGAAUGUUCCGAACUUGACUACUUCCUGUAUAAGUCCAGACAUAUGGAGAUGACAGAAAAAGAGGUCCUGAAAGAUGUCAUAAGUAACCACUCCGACCAUUAUCCUAUUAAAUGUGAAGUUAAGAUAGGGAUACCAAAAAGAGGUACAAAUCAAAACAGCAAACUUCAGCAACUUCAACCAACUAUAAAAUGGGACAAAGUAGACCAAGAUCUAUACUUGGCAAUUAUCAACAGGCAGGUGGACACGAUGGCAGAAAGCCCAGCCGAGACAGCAGAUGAUGCCGAACUCCUAAUCAGUAAGAUGCACCAAAUGCUAACAAACGCAGCAAAUGAGAGCUCAUCUAAUAAAUCCAAGUACAAGGCAAAACCAAAACUGAAAGUAUGGACACCAAUCAUCAAAGGUAGCUUGAAAGAGAUGAGAAAAUGCUAUGAUAUAUGGAGUAGAAAUGGGAAACCCACCAACCCAGAUGACAAGUCUUAUCAAGACAGAGUCAACAGCAGAAAGGAAUUUAAAAAGCAGGUGAAAGUUGAGCAGGCUAGAGAGCGUGACAGAGAAAAACAAGAGAUACUGGAGGCAAGAACAAGAGACAGUAAGCUGUAUCACAAACUAGUAAAAGGCAACAGGAAUAGAAACAGAACUGGUAUAAUGGAUCUACAUGUAAAUGAUAAUCUCUACUCGGGUGACCAAGUAAUCGAAGGCUUUACUGAACACUUUGGAAAUCUAGCAUCAGCAGAAAAAUCAUCCCAGCUGAAGGACCAACACUAUCACGAACUGGUUGAAUAUGAAAUCAAAUUAAUCAACGACAUGGUAAAAAGUAAGGAAACUCCCCUGGCAACACAGAUAGAGCUUAAGAAGGCCAUAAAGACCCUAAAUAGAGGUAAAUCUGCAGACAUAUAUGGCAUCACUGUUGAGCACCUCAUCUAUGCAGGAGAAAAGCUAGAACAACUACUUUUAAGGCUCAUCAAUCUGGUAUUUAAACAUGGCUAUGUCCCAGACAUACUUAAGAAAGGACUUCUUGCACCUGUCUUCAAAAACAAGGGAGACCGAUGUCAUGCUGCCAACUACAGAGGUAUAACAGUACUGCCAGUCGUUAACAAGAUUAUAGAGGCAAUAAUCAGGGAUAGAAUACAACCAAGAGUCCUUAAAGAUCAAAAUCCAACCCAACGAGGUUUCACAGCAAAAUCAUCGCCACUGAACGCAGGUCUGGUUGUGGAAGAAGUCUAUCGAGAGAGUGUAGACAGUAACCAAGAAUUUGAGCUGGUUUUACUAGAUGCAAAGUCUGCAUUUGACGUAGUGGUACACAGUCACCUCAUGCGACGACUAUUUCAUUGCGGUAUCGACGACACUCUCUGGAGGAUAAUACAGAGUAUGCACUGGCAAUCAACUAGUGCCAUCAAAUGGGAAGGAAUGAUUGCUGACGAGUUCCCAGUGAGCCAAGGUGUGCGCCAAGGAGGAAUCCUCAGCACUGACUUAUACAAGGUAAAUGUUAACCCUCUACUGAAUAGAUUACAGCAAUCAGGCCUAGGAUGCAAAAUUGGCAAUGUCCUUUGCAAUACUACAGCAUGUGCAGACGACAUAGCAUUAUUGGGAAAAAGACCACCUGAUAUGCAGGUACAAAUAAAUAUAUCUGCCGACUACGCAGGAAUGGAAGGCUAUAAGCUCCAACCCCAGAAGAGUGUGGCAAUACACAUCAAACCUAAGCCAACCAAGAACAAUUGUGAACCAGAACACUACCAGUUAGGAAAAGAUCCAAUGCCAAACGUCACAAAAUCAACACAUCUUGGUAUAAUAAGGACAACAUCAAUGAGACAAAACAUUGAGUCCAAUGUUGAAGAAAAUGUCAAGAAAGCAAGAAGAAGUGCCUAUGCCUUGUUCGGAAGUGGAUUCCAUGGAGAAAACGGAUUAGAUCCUGAAAGCUUAAUCCAUCUAUACAAGACUUACAUAUCACCAGUACUACUCUACGGGAUGGAGCUUCUGACACCAAAAUCAGCACACUUGGAAACCCUAGAGAAGUUCCAGAAAAAGAUGCUCAAACAAAUUCUCUCAGUCCCUAUGAGUACUCCUGAUCCAGCAGUGUACAUUCUAACCGGCAUCCUACCAGUCGAGGCACAAAUCCAUACCAAAAUGAUGACAUUCUUUAGUAACAUAUGUCAGCAAUCAGACAAUAGUGUUGAAAAACAGCUUGGUAAAAGACAACUAGCUGUAAAAUCCUCAGGAAGCCACAGCUGGUAUAUUGAAGUACAGAGGGUCAUGUUCAAAUACAACCUCGGCAGAGCCAUUGAUAUGCUGAGACGUUACGCACAGUAUUGGUGCUACGUUUGUAACGUCAGAAAAAUGGUUAUUGAAGCCUGUGUUAACGUUUGCAUCUAA